AUGCCGUGUAAAUCUUGGCUGCAAUUGUGCAUUAUACACAAACCAUUUUAUGGCUCAUUAAUUAGAUCUGUGUGUGUUUAUGCAAAAAAUACUGCCGCAUUUUCGACAUCAUCCAGUGAUAGCGUUGUGUCUGGCGGCGGUAAAUCACCGCUACUACAUAGGUCCCUCUCUGAACCAUAUGGCGGUGGAGAUAUUUACUGGGCAAUUCGUCGCAAAUGUUUUUAUGCGGGACAUAGGGCACUUAGAUUGAUGAAUGCGCGUUUUAUGAACACAGAUGUAAUAAGGAUGAUUUAUGCCGGUGUACCAAAAAAAUCAUAUGACCCUAAAAUCAAUCAAUUCUACACUUUCAUGGACAACGAGGAGUGGACAGGAUCUGGUGGUCGUUUUUGGAUCGAUGUAUCUAACUCUAUACUCUUCCCCUUAUAUAUCGCUUUUUGGCUCUACUUUUUCACCUACCGCUUCUUUUACAACAACAAACAUAAUGUGUUUGCAAGAUGGGCGAACAAGGACGAAGAUUAA